GCUGUAGCCGUUCGAGCAUUAUGUGCGUGUCCGUAUUAGUUUAUCCAGUCCGUAAUUACAUCUCGUUAGAAAAUAAGCCAGGAAGCGCGUAGACUGUUAGACUGUUCCUUUCUCAUUUUUCUUGCACGAAUUUCUCACGCGUUGUCCAGAUGAGGAUGGAAGAGCCGAUUGUGUCCAUCUACGAUAUGCUGAUGAAGCGCUACCGACAGCAGCGCCGGGAUGACCAGCAGCAGCAGAAGGACGCUCCGCCCAAUCGCCAAGCCAGUCGCGAUCUACGUAACCCCUACGCAGCUCUACCGCAGCCCCAGACAGGGGUCCAAUUGAGUGCAGACAAGAAGCCCAGGCCGCGGCUGGCUCGUCCGCGCUUUGCCGGGGACAGCUUCACUGGCGGCAAGAUGUCCACGAAUGUGGUAACUGCCACCCACCUGACCAAGAAGCAGUCGGGUGUUCUGCUGCAGCCGCCGCUCAAAAAGGAGGUGCUCAAUCAGCUGGUGGCCAAGAUGAGUGGCAAGCAGACGCCGGCUGCAGCAGCCAUGGCUACGGCCACAGCAGCUCCAGCUAAGCCGUCGACUGCAUUGAACAAGAAGCGUUCGAAGACCGGCAAAGCCUUGAAGUCGUCGCACGGCAGCGAGUCCAGUAAUCGUCGCACUAGGGCUGUGCUCUCUCCGCGCAAUACCAAUCGGCAACUCAAGUCCCAGAGCAAGCGAGAUAAGUCUAAGAUCAACAAUGAACUGAAGCAGCAGCAGCAGCAGACACCGCCGCCGCAGCAACGUCGACCCAAGAAUCCGGAUUCGGAGCGACAGAAGGUUCGUCUACGGUCUCGUCUCUCCAAGUUUUCAGUGACGGCAAAGGAUCAAAGCGCUGACAAUGCCGUCCGAUGUCGCCUCUAGGCGUUAUACUAUACAUAUAACGUCUCUAGGCGUUAUAUACUAUAUAUAUAUACGAUACUAUGUAGAUAUAUAUAUAGCUAUAUGUAUUUACGUAUUCAAUCUUCAAAUUGCAAGUGUUGCCGUCAGCCCAACCGUGUUAACGAGUUUUCUUGUUUUGUUGCAUUUUGGAGCGCGCUUCCAUUUGCCAAUCAAUGGGUUUUUCACUUGCAGCGCUCGUCAAACUGCAGAGUCUGUUGGUUAACAUGUGGACAGGCGCUGCAAAAUCCUUUUGUCUUUAAUCUUUCAAACGGAAAAAGAAAGCCAUACAAAUUUAAAUUAAAUCGUAUCGGAAGUAA